AUGAACCACCGGAAAUAUUGCUGCAUCGCCACUCCACCACAACUCAGAAUUCUACUUACGGUGCAAAUAUCUGCAGGCUACCCGAGUUUUUCGAAGGAGUGCGUGCAAUUCGCGUUGCAGACCAACAGCAACCUCAUGGUUUUCCUCUUCCUCGGCAUUAGCAUCGAUUGGAAUGCUGUCGAGAUCGUUAAACCAAAAGUAUCUUUUGGAGCAGCUGCCGUGGUUCUAAUUCUUGCUAAUGAUAACAUCAUCGUGUCCACAAAGAUAAUCCAACUACUUAGGUUUGGAAGGUUCUGCGUUGCCGGACUGGUCCCGUUGCUUACAUACUACAAUGGCGGAGAAGCAGGACGAGUCACUUCACCGAGCGGCGUGGGACAUCUUGAGUCUCUACUUGAGAUCAAACCUGACACCCGCGGCUUCCCUAUCCCGCCAAACCGCAAAGCCAGUGCUCACAAAGCUGUGACCUAUAUCAACAGCCUCCCACUGAAAGCCGCUAUGCUCCUCUAUACAAUAGCCUUUGCCGUCCCGAAGAGCAUAGCCGAUGCCACCGAAGGAAAGGUUCGUGUGCUCCUCAACAAGCACGAGAUCCUCAAGCGCGAACCACGAAAUACCAGUAUGGCCUAUGACACCCUCCCCGUGAAUCAGUUGAAAAGUCCAGCAGCAUCACCGCGUGGCUUCUCAAGUGUCAUAUUUGUGUGGCAUGGGACGGCUUAA